AUUUCUAUCGUUAAAUUCACAGAGAUCAAAACAUCUAUCAACAUGCGUACCACAUACAUGUCUUUGGGAGCUCUUGCUCUCACGCUUGUCAACGCCAACACCUAUCCCGACUGUGUAAGUUUCCGCCCUUUUUAAACCAGAUAAUUCCAGCGACUGACUGGCUUUUGCAGGAACCCGACAACUGUUACAGAAAUAUGAUUGACUCUCGCUUCACUGAUACUGUCGCUCCUUUCUGCUUCGGUUACCUCGAUGGCUCUAUCAAAGACGUCCCAUCCGACUACCAGAACUGCGCUGGAGAUUCAACUGCUAUCAGCUCUGCAUGCUCCUGUAUCACCUACACAGCCACUCACACUUCAAGCGCCAGUGUCUCAUCAUCAACCUCGGAAUCCACCAGUGCUCCCUAUGUUACUACUUCUGAGACCACCUCAAGCUCCUCGGCCGAAUACACACCUUCAAGCGAGUCUAGCAAAUCCUACGAAGCCACUCCGACACCAAGCAGCUCCUCAUACCCACCAGUAGAGACCAGCAAGUCCGAGUACUCGGUGUCCUCGACCAGCUCUGAAUACCCAGUUUACACCACUAGCUCUAGCUCUGAGGUAUACACCACCUCAACUAUCUACGCGAUCACUGAGUACACCAUCACAUCUUGCAAGCCAACCGUGACCAACUGCCCAGCCGGUCCCCACGUCACAACCGAGACGUACGUUCUCACCACCACCGUCUGCCCAGUCGCUUCGGUCCCAACAUACACUCCCAAGGAACCAGUCACAUCAACCUGCACCUACUACACUACCGAGACCCAUGUCUCCAGCACCCACACCUUAACGACCGUGUACCCGACCUCUACCGGGGUUGUCACCAUCGUCGUCCCAACCUACCCACCAGGAGAGGUCCCAACCUAUUCCACAUACGUGCCCGCCCCGGCCCCAACCCCAACUACCCCAGGAACCGUUGUUGUUCCAUCUAAGACAUCCACCUCAUCCGCUCUUGUCGUCACUGCUGCCGCUGGACGUGUUUCCGGUGGUAUUGAGAUGCUUGCCGGCGCUGCUGCCAUCGCUGUUGCGCUCUUGUAAAGAGAUCGCAUCAUUGUUUUGUUUCACUUCGGUUAGGAGGAAUGUUAUUUGGAAGGUUCGGGUUAAAAAGGGUGGAUUGGGGGAUAUGGAUUGGAGUUUGAUAAUGUAAUGAAACGUUUUGUAUCUGAUAAAAGUACAAAUGCAACGAGUUCACACAACAAGCUUACAGUAUCAAAGGAGCUAUUUUUAAGUGAAGAAAUAACGGCUUUUGAUUUCGCCUGUCGCAUCAGUAAGCAAAUGUCUCAAGACAACCUCGGACCUUCUUUCUUACUCUCUACCCAAUCCUGCACACAUAAACGAAUCUUCUUUGACACCUCGCGUUUCCAUCUUCACAUCUCGUUACACGCCGUCGCCGUCCUCGUCCUCCUCCAAUCCCUCGGCGAACAGACCCACUGUAACGCAACCAGCAAGUCUGCAACCGUCACAUCCCUGGCCCUGUCACUUUGCGCCACGCAGCGCCACCGUGCUGAACCUUCGUGUUUGUGAAACAUCCCGUCUGAACCUUGCCGAUAAGAGACACGGGACACGGGACGGGCGAUCCACGCGAGAGGGAGGGGGAAGGCAUAGGGCUCGGUUAGAACGCCCGAG